AUGACUGAAGAAGGAAUCAGCACCUCAAUUACUAACUCUUCAGAAAACUCUGCGAAACAUGAACAAUUUUAUUUAUACCGGUAUGCUAAUAGAAUAUUAAAACUGAUAUUGGAAAAGAAUCCUGAUGUCACAGUUUUCAUCUCAGACCGUCAAGGAAAAGUUCUUAGUUCAACUGUAUCUAAAAGACAGACCUUAGAAGACGUUGCGUGCAUCAUGAAUUUCACUGAUAAAGCAAGAUUUGUAAUGCGGAAGCUUAGAGAGGAAGAUCUAGAUUGUGUAAGAUUGAGGACAAAAUAUCAUGAAAUUAUAGUGACUUUUGAUGAAUUAUUAGAAAUUGUCACAAUUCAAAGAGAUAAAUCUCAUAUGUUUGAUUAUUUGAAGCCGCAACAAUGGAAGUUGAAACGCGCGCUGCCGUUCUACAAGAUUUACGCAUUCAAUCAUUCGACACAAUCAGAUUCGCUUCAUAUCGCACGGCAUGUAAAUUACGUUACGUUCAAAAGGCAACAAACUGUAAAUAUAAAAACAUCUUUGUUUCGUGUAGUGGCUUUAUAUAUUUUAUUACUUUCAGUACACCUUGUCGACAUUUGGAAUGUAAUCGAGGCAUUUCGCGAAAAUGGACUCAACACGCUUGAACCAACAAAUGAAGUGAGCGUCGCACGACUUGAAACGCUCAUCUCAUCACUUUAUCACAAUCUUAAUAAACGUCUUCCAACAAACCAACAAGUCCCUGUUGAUUCAAAAGCCGGACUGUUACUUAAUUGGCUUCUGUCCGCCUACACGCACGACAACUCAGGUAUUCGUGUCUUCUCAAUUAAAGUCGCAUUAGCCGUGAUGUGUGCUGGUAAACUGGUUGACAAAUUAAGAUAUAUUUUCUCACAAAUCUCUGAUGGCGCUGGUCAAUUGAUUCAUUGGAAAGCAGUUGAUUUCAUUCGUGAAAUUCUUGCAAUUCCUGCAGCUGUCUACGAGUCGCCAACAUUUCAUUAUGAAGAAGGACUUGAAAAUGAACUAUUUCCUAUUGAAAAUAAGAUCACAGUGAAUGAUUUUAUAGUGACGAUGGUGAGUGAACCAGGUCAUGCUUGUCUGGUAUGGUUGUCGCUUCUUCAUCGUCUUGCGACAGUUGAAAAUGUUGUUCAUCCAACGGUGUGUUCAUCAUGUCAACGUGAAAAUUUUUCCGGCUUCCGUUAUCGUUGUCAAAACUCGAGAUGCCACGGCUACCAAUUGUGUCAGGAUUGUUUUUGGCAAGGACGUACUUCACAAAACCAUCAAAACGACCAUGAAGUGAAAGAAUAUUCGUGUUACAAAAGUCCAAGCAAACAAAUCGGUCAUUCGCUUAGAAAAAGUUUUCGUUGUGUACCGGAGAAACAAACGACUGGUGUGUUGCCAAAGUUUCCUGAUCAGCCUGAAAAAACUUUGAAUCUUUCACACAUUGUUCCACCUUCACCAUUGCCAUCACAUCAUAACGGAUUUAGUGAUGGAAUUUAUGAUAGGAGUAGCACACUUGACUCAAGGGCAACUGGUAGAUCCCUUGACAGUACAAUGAUGAUGAAUACAAUGGGUGAACAAACAAUGCAAAGGACUUUCAAUUCAAGCGACGAUCCGCAUACAAUGAUGGCACGAUAUGCUGCGAGACUAGCAAAAGAAGGAAAAGAACAAAGUGGAAGUUCCGGUAUAUCAGAAACAACGACACAGAAGACGCAACGUGAGCUUAUUACACAGUUGGAAUCAAAAAAUAAAGAAAUUAUGCGAGAAAUUCAGAAGCUUCGACAACAAGAGCAAGAAGCAAUGGGCCAAGAAAAUCCACAGUUGGUGUCUGAAUUGAGAGCUUUACGGCAAAGAAAAGGAGAAUUGGAAGGUCAUCUAGGAGCGCUUCAAGAUUCACGACGACAACUAAUGCAACAACUCGAGGGAUUAAUGAAGUUAUUGAAAAAUCAUCAAACACAAUCACCAAGAUCGACGCCAAAUUCUAGUCCCCGAUCAGCAAAGUCACCGCCAAUUCCCCAAGGUCCUCAAUCUCAACAGCAAACAACUAGAAAUGGUUCGCAAUCAAAUCAAAAUGUGCAGAAUCAGCAGCAAACGAAUGAUGGCAACAUAAACGGUAAUCAAAAUGUCAGUGGUGGUGGUCAAAAUAGUCACAAAAUAGCAAUGAGAGAUAAUUUGCAUUACGCCGCUGAUUCGGUCUCAAAUGCAAUGUCAUCACUUGUGAGGGAAUUAAAUUCAGAAACGAGCACGUUAGAUAGAAAUAUGAUGAUGCGAAGACAGUAUCGAGACUUUGAGGAGACACAGAACCAACAAAUCAAACAUCAGCAGCAACAACAGAUGGCCAAAGGAAAUGGAAAUGGAAAUGGAAAUCCCCACUGGCAAGAACGAUUCGCGCAGUGGAACCUGAAUAAUUAAGCGCUUUUAUGAUUAUCGUUUGAUGACCAAUUUUCCAAAUUUUCUAUCUAGAAGAUUAAAAAAUAUUAUAUUUUAUAAUGAAUUCCUACUCACACCUUUUAUCGUGGUCCGAAAUAUUCAUGAAUAAUUUCUAAAUUUUAUUCCAAUCUAGAUAAAUCUUUAAAUUUUCAUUUUGAGAAUGUUUUCAUACAAAUUUGAUCUUUUUUUUACUUUCAUGUUUCAAAGAACUUUUGACACAUUACAAUUUAAUGAGAUUUGUUUGUGGAACACAUAAAGAAAUACAAAGUAUUAUUAGAUAAAUAUAUUAUAAUAGCGAGAAAUGUUUUCAGAACUUUAAUCUUUAAACUUUUUAUGAUAUAAAGUUUUUAAAAAUCUUAAAAACAUUUAAAAACAUAUUUUCUUCCAAUUUUAAAUCGAAGUUUUUCUGUUAAAAUUUCUUUUUAAUCAUCUUUGAUUGAUUCCAUGAAAAACGAGAUAAAUAAGAAAAAACAGCAGAUCUUUCAGAAAAUAGAAAAACUUACUUAGUAUGGAGGCCUAAACUCGUGAGCAUACUUACUUUAAAUUUGUGUAAGUCAAGGUUGUUUUGUUUAGUCCAAAAUAAGAAAAAAAAUGGC